AUGUCUGGAAUUGUCAACAAGGUCAAGAACGCCAUGCACUCGGAUAAGUCCUCGCACGAGGCUCCCGAGGGCACUCACGGCACCCACAACUCCCGCGUUGCCAACGCUGCCGAUCCCCGUAUCGACUCGGACAGAGACCACCGCGCCGCCCCUACCACCGGCCACUCUGCCUUCACUGAGGGUACCCACUCCCGCCCCCAUGAGGGUGUUGGUGCCACCGGUGGCUACAACACCGCCGAGGGUGUUCACGGAACCCACAACUCUCGCGUAGCCAACGCUGCCGACCCCCGCAUUGACUCCGACCGUGACCACAGAGGUGCUCCCGGUUCCACCAUUGGCGGUACUCACAGCACUCACACCGGCACUCACGGUACCAGCGGUCUCGGCUCGACCGGCACCCACGGUGUAGGAUCUACUGGUACCCACGGUACUUCCGCCUUCGGCUCGUCUGGCGCACCUGAGGGCACUCACGGAACACACAACUCUCGCGUUGCCAACGCCGCCGACCCCCGAUUUGACUCGGACCGCGAUCACCGAGCGGCACCAGGCUCAGGUUUGGGAAGCAGCGGUGCUCACUCAGGCACUCACGGCACUCACGGUACCGCUGGUCACCUUGCCGCUGCCCACGAUGGUCCGGCGCCCAACACGGCUGGCCCUCACAAGAGCGACAUGCUCAACAAGGUUGAUCCCCGCGUCGACUCCAACCUCGACGGUUCUAAGACCGUUGGUGGUGACAAGACCCACGCCGGAGCUGGCUACUAA